AUGGCUUUAAACAUGAAUGAUAAAAAGUAUCUCUCCACACAAAUACUCCCAGAAGCAGAAUUUAAUCUCGCUUGGAAUGGUGUAACGAUUUCAAGUUCGCGACUUUCUUCCCCAAGAUUUAUCCCCUAUGAUCAAGGAGGACGUUGUCGUGAGUGUCGCAGCACAGAGGUUGAAUUAGACUUUAUUGUGACUAAAGACGGGGUCACAAUAUAUUGCACACGGAUUGGUGGUAAUCGUUUUAUCCCGUUUGACACAGUUUACGAUCUUCCUGGUCAUUGUUUCUUUAAGGUCAAGAACAAGGGAAGGGUUUACAAUGUUCCUUACGGCUUACAAAAAAUUACACAUGAAUUACCACAACCCCCACCACCAAAGAAGCACAUUCUUACUCCUGCUCCACCAGCUUCUCAAAUACCUCUUCCUUCACCGCCUCCAAUACCUCAACCACCACUUCCAUCACCUCCUACAAUAUCACAAAUUCCGAUCCCACCCUUACCACCUCCUCAACCAUCUAUUCCUCCCCAGCUUACCGCUGAAGCUGAAAAUGCAAAAAUGUUGAAUGACUUCUAUCAAAGUCUUGCAGCUGCCACGACAGGUCUGCCUUCUAAUGUUCAAAAGGUUCAAGAACUGAGGUCUCAGGCAAUAAAGAUGGAAGAGGAAGAAAUGGAAGCAAUUAAUUCUUUGUAUGUGAAUAAUAAAAUGACACAAUCAUAAUUCGUACUAUAAAUUGAAAUAAUUUUUCUAAUUUACCAAAUAUUAAAAUGGAAUCAUUAACAUUUACAGAUAAAGAAUUAAAAUUUAAAAUGCCUUUCGGGAUGAUUAUUUCGGGACCUAGUUCAAGUGGAAAGAGUACUUUAUUAUUAAAAAUUAUAGCAGAAGCAGAAGAGUUAAUAGAUCCUAAGCCUAAGAGUAUAGUUUAUUGUUUUGGUGAGAUGAGUUCAAUUGUCCCAGUACUUCAACGAUCAGGU